AUGAUUGCCGUUGUGAAGGGCUUGCAGAAGAGUAUGCAACGGGUAUUUGGAAACGGCUUGGAGAUCUUCGUGCCACGGAGAGUGUUGAAACCUCAUGAUCUGAUAAACGGUGCUGUGUUAGACGCACCAAGUGUGUCAGAAAGGCCUAUAUUGACAGCUUCACCUGAUGAAGAAGCUCUUCCCUUCAAAGCUCUUUGGCAACUGAUGUAUGGGUCCAAUCUACGUAUCCACGUGGAACCAGAAUCACUUCAUAGCAUGUGGAAUGACCUACGCAACGCAUACAAGAGAUCAGACCUUCAACCAGCGCUGCUCCUUGGAAUCGUCAUGACCCAAAUGGCUCAUGGACCUUUUUUGAGUGGAGCCCACCAAACUACACGACAGGAGACUGCACAGCUACUUUCAGAGGAACUGUCAAAUGCUGACUUUCAAGCACUCCAGGAUGCCAUGUUGAGGGAUCGCUACUAUGACUCUGCAGAAAUCCCUGAAACCCCAAAUGACAUUCCCGAACUUCGAAGCGUUCGAUCAUUGCCUAUUUUCGCGAAGAACAAGAGCUGGUUCCAAGCAGUGGUUGCGCUUUACAAGUUGGCCCUUGAUUGGAGCUUGAACAGCAUGAUUCUGGGGAGGGCCGUGGAAUUGAGUAAAGGUGCUAGCCUUUAUAAUGACCGCCGCAUGGAUCAGGACGGUGAUGCUGAUGACCAGGAAGGUCAGGGCCAGGGUGACAACCCAGAUCAGCACACACGUCCUCAGACGCGCAAGGAGUUGGAUGAGAUCAAGAGCAACUUCUCGAACAAACUUCUGAUGGCUUACCAUUACCAUCAAGACCCAAUGUUGCCUUUGGAAUUCAAAGCCAUGUUCUGGGCUGGGCGUCCCAUUUUGAAGGAGUAUGAGAACACUUUGGAGACCCAUAAAAUGGGGCAGGAACCAACACUCAGAUGGAGAGCACAACGUGCAAGAGGGCAAACUUGGUAUCCUACCGUUGUUGAAAUACUGCUGUCAAUCAACAAGUUAGAGACCUUGAAACGUUUGCACAUUUCAACUCAAUCUGUGAGAGCCAGUGAUGAAAACUCUGUGAAUGAUGAAAUGGAAAUCUUGAACAAGUACGCCAACCUAGCAAUUGAGAUUUGUGCUGCAAGAUCAUGGUCACAGUGCCAGUUUACCAUUUGUGUUCCUUAUGUCUUCGCCAUAGUGCACCACAGUGAGACAGCUGAACGUGAAAAGGGAAUUAAGUUCGUCAAGAAGCUGUGGGAUGCCGUGCUCCAUGCUGAGAGAGUCAUGGCGGAUCCAGCCACUGAUGGGGCCGUCAAAGACUCCUUGGACGAAAUUAUGAAACACAUGGCAUGGCACAAAAGCCAGAUCGCUUGUGAGAUCUACCUGGUGUGUGGCUCUGGGGAGUGGCAACAUACGGAUCCCGAAACACGAGAACUGGCAUUUACCCUUUUCGGCACUCCGGCAAAUACGAAACAUUUCCUAGAAGACUGUUUUGCACACCUUGCUGACCUAGUGAAACGGGUUGCACGCCAUCUAAAGAUGUCAAAGUGGACCAAGUUCUUCUACAUGAACGCUGUUCCAACCCAUCGUGAAUUGAACUGGCCUCGGUUAGAUCCCACGCCAGAUGACUUUAGUCGAUCAAUGAAAAAACAGGGUCGGACAGUUCUUGCUGAUGACACCAAGCAUGGCAAGGUGUUUGAUGUUUCUGCCACGUUCAAGCUUCCCAGAGAGCUGCAGUUCACUCCAAACAAUUUGCUGCAGUCAGAUCGUAGUGCAGGGACUGCGGCGAACCACCGGGCAGCAGCAGCGACAGCUUGGAUUUUGUCCAAUUCAAGUUCCAACUUUGUGAAUGCUCCAACUGCUUGGACAGGAGUAUUUCUUCUGAAACGUCACAUCUACCAGAACAGUGCUGGCAAGGCAGUGAUCUGUUUGGGGUUCAAGAACUACGCUGCAUUGGGGCUUGGUUUGGAUCGGGUCACCGUUGAUGGUAAGGAUUUCCUGGUGGCGACAGAGGAAUCUACCAAGCUUGGAAUCAAAUGGAUGAUGAACAAUGACAUCACCGGUGCAAAAUGGAUGAUGCUUCCAACAAAACUGGUCCUUCCAUAUGAGCUCCCCAAAUCAUUACUCUCUUACGGAAGUGUUUGGCUGGUGGUUGGGGAACCACUGCAGCCAUUGAAGUCAGCAGUCAAAGAGGGUGUCAAUUUGACCAUGAAAUAUUUGGGAAUGAUCCGAGAACAAAUGGUGUUCCCAUUGCCGGAAAAGGGAAAAGGUUCUGGCAAGGGUGGUAAUAUCAUCAAGAUUGAUUGGGCUACCAGUCUUGUGAAUCACCUCUGGCCAAAUGAGACGGAAGAGGAAAAGACACGGAUGAUCAACGCAAUCUGUGGCAAUAGUGUGUCAAAGGUGAAAUGCCCCAGCAAAAUCAUCGCAGCAGUGAAGGAAUUGGGCCAGGAGGGUGAGAGGGAUUUCAAUUACCUCCAUCAGGUAGCUCUUAAUCAAGAGAUGGUGGAGAAGGAGAGAAAACGUCGGGAUCCUACUGCUGACCGUGAGGAUCAAAAGACAUACACCCCUACCACACUGAAGAGCUUGCUUCCAAAAGAUGUACCUGGUGUUCUUUGCAGCAGAAACCCUCUCCUUAGCCGCUACCAGGGUUUUUAUCCUGGAAAAGUUGAUGGAUUCUUGGAUAGCCGUGCAGUGACGUGGGGCGGUCCUAUGAAGGCAUUGACAGAGUUUGAUGCGUUGAAAGGAUGCGUAAUUGGUUUCAUUUGGGCCAAACACAUUGCUUUACACCCUGAUGAUGCUGCAAAACAGCCUACUGAUGAAACCCUGCGAAAAGUGAUUGACUCAUUUGAUGCCUCUACGGGGCUUUUGGACCCAGGUUCAGGAGGGGCCUCGUCCUCGUCAUCAAAGGCAAAGGCUCAGCCGCCAGCCGCCAAAGCAGCAGCAGGCCGUGGCAAAGCCAUGGCCGAUGCCGCAGUCCCCAAGAUGGGGCGUUCAAGGGGCCGGGGAAGGGGAGGUUGA